GAAGAACAUAACCGGAACACGUUAGAUUAUUUUAUUCAAUUUUUAUUUUUAUAGGUGGUUUCCUUUACAGUUUACAAAUUCAUCAUAAAUCUUGUUACUAUCGUAUCGAUUACAAGUAAUUUGUAUUUGAAGUUGAACUAUAGCUUCAAGCAUUUAAAAAAAAGAAUACUUGUUUAUAUUUUCAAGUAUUAAAUAUGAAUACAGAUACUCUUUGUAAGUUUUGUACAGGGAAUCAAAGCAAAUAUGUUUGUCCAAAAUGUGGAGCACCUUAUUGUUCCUUAACAUGUUACAAAUCGUCGAUUCAUUUAGAGUGUACAGAACAAUUUUACAAAGAAUGCAUUCAAGAAGAAUUAGAUGUUCAAGAUUCGGAUGAUGUAGGCAAGAAAGAAAUGAUAGACAUUCUUAAACGAGUGUAUGGGGAAAAUGAAGAUUCCGAAAGUGAUUCAGAUGAUGAAGAAUUCACAGAUAUAAAUGACCGAUUGAAUGGGAUUGAUCUAAAUGAUGCUGAGGUAGUUUGGAGUUAUUUAACCGAUUCAGAAAAAGCAGAAUUUGAACAUCUUGUUAAGUCUGGUGAUAUCUCUAAAAUUCUACCUCAGUUUACUCCUUGGUGGUGUUUACCGAUUGAAAAACAAAUAGUAACUGAAGUUGGUGAAAAUAUGAAUGAUAGUGAGUUUCCACAUUUAAUAACAAACAUUCCAAAAUUAUCCAUACUUUCAAAAAAAUCUCCAUCAGAUUGCAUUCAAUGGAAUUUAGUUAAUAUGAUUACUCCAUAUGUGUUUUUGAUACGGUAUUAUAACGGAAAACAUAAAUCAUAUUUAUCAGAAUUUAUCAAUGGACUUUAUAAUUUGUCAAAAAAUCUAUGUCUUAAUCAGAAUUUUGAAUCUUAUGACAUAGCGGUCAAAUCUGUCGAGCUUUGUAUUCAAGAGCAUGAAAUGUUCAAAGGUUUUCAAGAAGGUUUUAUUCUUAUAAAUAACGACUUGGAAACAAUAUUUAGUAAUGGUUUGGAUUCCAACUGCAAUUAUAACAUAAAGUUAGCUUUAUCUGAUAUACAUAAUUUACUGACAAUGUAUAAAAAUGAGCAAAAAAAUAUGUCAUUGAAAAAAACAGAACAAGGAGAAUUUAAUAGAAAGUUUCCUGAUGCUAAGGCCACUUAUUUGAUUCUUGUAGACAUUAAGAAAGUACGUUUGUUAUUGAAAAAGAUUGAAUAUUUUUUAUCUUGGGUGGAUGAAAGUAAAUUAUAAGAAUAAAUAAUUAAUAAUUAUUAUUUUUACAAUUCAUUGACUUAAGUUCAGUUUAUAUAAUACAAUGGGAAACUGUAUAAAGUUAAUAAGUAAAACAUUAUUUGGUUUUUCUUUUUAAUAAUGUUUUAAAAAGUAUUAUUUUUAAAUUAAAAAACAUGUUUUGUGUACCGAUGGAAGUACAAUCUUAAUUUAAUAUUCUGAUUCAUACAUAUUUAUUUUUAUUUUAUUCAUCAUAUUUCAUAAUAUGAUAAUAUUUGUUGAAGACCCGUAACAUAUUUUGUAUUAUGUAUAUUCUUGAUUAAAACAAAAUUAAAUAUUU